CCCACAUAACGAGAGGUUUUGCCUAUAAAUUUCAGUCCCCCAAACUUUAUUAUCUAUCUCAUUUCUUUUUCCUUAAAAAUUAUGAGUAUCCAAAUGAAGUUCCAUCAGCAAACUGUCAAUAGAAUCCAUCUCAAUUCUCCAACUCCAAUGCUCAUUCUCUUUCUCCUUUUCCAGCUUCUUGGUGUAACCAUAUCAUGUCAAGACAUUGCAUCACAUAACUCUUCUCAGCUGAUUUCAAAAGGCAGUGGAGACUAUGACUUCUUUUACCUUGUUCAACAGUGGCAGAUUUCUUUGUGCAAUUUGAAGCCCUGUCAAAAACCAGCAAGACCCACUUUCAGUAUUUAUGGCUUCUGGCCUUCUUCUUAUGGGAUUCCCAAUUGCAAAAUUGGAACAAAAUUUGAUCCUUCAAAGAUGUUGGACCUGAAAAAUGAAUUGGAUAGAGAAUGGCCAUCUCUUGAGGUGGAGGAGAAUGAGGAAAUGUGGAAGAAAGAGUGGGAAAGGCAUGGAAUUUGUUCUGAGCCAUUGCUCUCUCAACAUGCAUAUUUUGAAACUGCUCUCAAGCUUAAACAAACUUUUGAUCUCUUCAUUAUCCUAGCAAACAGAGGAAUUUUUCCAUUUGGAGAGGUGUAUGGCUUAGAAAAUAUAAGUGAUGCCAUUAGAGGUGCAACAGGACAUACUCCACAAGUGGAAUGCAAGUCAUACAAACACAUUCCUUUGCUCUCCAACAUCUUCCUUUGCUUCCAAUACACUGCAACUUCCAUUCAUAUUGUGGACUGCCCUCUCAUAAGAAGAUGCAAUUUCCAAGCAAUCCUUUUCCCUUUUGAUCUAUUUGGUCCGUCUUAGAAACUCAAAAUCCACUCUGUAAUGGCACCAGAAAACAAUCCCCAUCUAUUUCUGUUUCUCCUAUCAACUUUUUGGUGUUUUAUUAAUGGCUAUCUACAAGGAAUUUACACUGUUCUAAUUUUAG